UUUAAAGUUCCACUGUUAAUACUACAAUUGUAUUGGACUGAUUAAUAGUUUUUCCCUGGAUUUUACUUGAUAAAAGCAGCUACUAAGCCUUUAAUCUACAGCAAGAAACAGGUGCAUGGCCUAUAUAUAUAGCUUCCGAACUCCAUAUAUGCUUCAUCCAUCAUAACUCAAAUCUCAUAACAUAUUACAUAUAUACUAAUUAUUGAAUUAAGAAUAAUGGCACUCAUUGUUCUAAGCUUCCUCUUCAUUCUCUUGUCAUCUGCAUCUGCUUGUGAUCGUUGUUUGCAUCAAUCAAAGGCUACUUACACCGGCUCCCUAUUUACAUCUGGAUCAUGUGGAUAUGGGCCUUUGGCCAUGAAUUUCAACGGGGGACUACUUGCCGCUGGGCAGCCUUCUCUUUAUAAAGAAGGUGCUGGCUGUGGUGCCUGUUAUAAGGUGAGAUGUAAGCACCCGGGACUUUGCAGGAGCCAAGGGACCACGGUAAUGCUAGCCGAUUCUCACGGUGAUAGUAGUCGAGACUUUGUCCUUAACAAAAAGGCUAUGAUAACAAUGGCUAACAAAGGCCACUCAGAAAACCUCUUGAAACUUGGAGUUGUUGACAUUGAGUACAAGAGGGUGCCUUGUUAUUACCGAGGAAACCUUGCACUACGAGUUGAAGAGGCCAGCAACAAACCCUAUUAUUUGGCCAUUAAGAUCUUAUACCAAGGUGGUCAAACUGAAAUCACUGCAGUUGAUGUAGCUAUGGUGGGCUCAAGGAACUGGAACCCAAUGAGGAGAACUCAUGGAGCAGUGUGGGAUGCACAAAAAAUGUUAUCAGGCCCACUAAAAUUUAGGUUCUUGGUAAAUUCUGGGUAUUACUACAGAAAGUAUUAUGAAACUCGAUCUGUCUUGCCUUCUAACUGGAGAUCAGGGGUGAUAUAUGAUGCUGGUAUACAAAUUAAGGACAUUGCUCAAGAGAAAUGUUACCGAUGUGAUGCUACCUUUUGGUAAUUAAAUGCAUGCUUAUGGGGUUCUACAUCUUUGUAAUAUAGGGGUUUUCAACCUAAAUAAAAAAUAUAUCAAAUAAAUAAAUAUUGGCCAUAUGCCUCUUGAAUAAAACUAUUGUAUGUGUGAAUUUUUAUAUUUGUGAAUUUUGUAAAAUCUUCCUUCUGGUAGGUUAUGGGUGUAUUGAUUAUGGUAUUUCCUCAUGUAAGAAAUAUCUAUUUCAAUAAAUAAUACUAAAGUGUGUUUCUAUUUUUA